UCGGGAAUGUUGUGCUGAAGUAAUUAAUAACUAUUUAAUUAGUUUUAGUUGUUUGUUAUUUAUUUUUUUGGAAUAAUGUUAUAUUUUAUAGUGUAAUAGGUGUGUAGAAGUGAUUGUCAUGACUUUUAAAGUGCACCGUCAUUUAAAUUCACGAUACGUUAAACUAGUGUCGAGUAAUUUUAUAAAUUAAAUUUAUUCAAGUGAAUUUGUGAUUUUUUUUUCUAUUCAAAGACAUUCAGUUUAUUUUUUUCUGUGUUUCGAACUGAGGGUUUUUAAUUAUUUACAUAAACCCGACUGAUUUUGACCGUUGGAAUUUGAAAAUGCGCAAGUGCUAAUGAAGCUAUCGCGCAUGCGCAUUCAAAUAAUUUAUUUCCCUCGCAAUCAUGGCGGCUGAUUGUUGUUGCCGGUAAAACUCGUAAUUACUACGUUGUUUCAAUGCAAUUACCAAUCGGUUAAGUGUCUUUAUAUUAUAAGUAAAUCACGUUUGUUAUUAAUUAAAUAAUUAAAUAAUAAUUUUAAUUUACUCACAAGUGUCAUUGGUGAAAAUAAUUAAUUCGAGUCAAUGGUAUUUUUUUUAGACAAUUUAGUGCCAGUGUUUAUUUUUUCCUGGAAUUUCACAACACUCGAGAUUGCAUAAAGAAAGUACGCAUGAAGAAAUUAGGAAGAGAGAAAAGCGAAUGGCAGAAGUCUGAGUGAAGGGUGGCGUAAGAGCAAAGAGGGUGGAAGCGAGAAGGGUGGUCCACAAGCAACGAACGAACGAACGAGUAGGGUGGCGGUGAAAGGCCACAAAAAAAGUGGAUGGAAUUUAAAUAAUGAGAAAUAAAGUGGACUCGGUGUGAGAGAUACGAUAAAAAUAACCUGGACCCUGGUCACCAAAGGCGGACCAAACAAUAACAAUAAUAAAAUAAAUGGUAUAUAUGAUUGCAAGGUGGCUCCGACGCGCGUAAUAAGUUUUGAAAAAUGUCGAGCACCGCGGAAAGUCCCGACGGUGGCAUGGCACUACAGUCCCACUACUCAUUACGGUGGAACAACCACCAGUCCCACAUUCUCCAGGCCUUCGAGGCACUCCUACACGCCGAGAUAUUCGUCGAUGUCACUCUGUCGUGCUCUGACAGCAGCUUACGUGCUCACAAAGUCGUCCUCAGUGCCUGCAGCCCCUUCUUCGAGAGGAUAUUUGCGGAGCACCCGUGUAAGCAUCCGGUGAUAGUACUCAAGGACUUUACUGGACGAGAAGUUGCGGCCCUUAUAGACUUUAUGUAUCGCGGGGAAGUAAGAGUGGGACAUGAAGACUUACCAGGACUUAUGAGAGCCGCUGAGAGUCUACAGGUGAGAGGUUUAGCUUCUUCAGAACCGCGACCUGUUAGUCCGCCCGAGACACCAACGGCAGCUGAAACCCCUUCCGCUGACGACUUGCUCGGUUCAGAUCGUUUGACACCAGAGCCAACGCCACAUCAGUCGACGAGUCCGCUGGUUGACGACGAGUCUAAUUCACCAGCUCGUAGUACCGAUUUACAUCACAAUCCCCAUCACACCCUGCACCACCGCAUUACUGGCAGUGGUAGUCCAAGUCGAGCUUAUAUGCGUGAUCGUGACAGGUUACCGCAUAUGAGCCAUUUAAAUUUUUCAUUACGGGAAUUGCGUGAGUGCACGUCUCCACUAAUGCCGAGAAGAAAACAAGCGAGGCCUAGAAGAAGAUCUGGUGAAUUGAUACCACAGGAUUUGAGUAAACCCCAUCCACAACCAAGUCCUAGUCCACCGGGAUUGAAUUUUACGACGACAAAUAGUCAUCAUUCUCCGCAAAAUUUUCAAUCGAUUCAUCAACAACAACAACAACAACAACAACAGCAGCAGCAGCAGCAGCAGCAACAACAACAGCAACAACAACAACAGCAGCAACAACAACAACAACAUCUUCAACAGCAACAGCAAUUAAAUAAUCGAAAUGAAGAUAUAGCAGAAAAUUUAUCAAUGAAAAGAUCAGAACCGUCACCAAGCGAGCAUGCGAUAAAAACUGAAAGUGAGGCAGCGAGUAGUCCCAGAGGUUCACCAUUAACUGGAGCAAGUCUUCAACCCGACAGUUCAAUCCAAGACCUUCCACCGACGGGGAUGCAAGCCUUGUCAGCGUUGUCAUUAACGCCUCCUCAUCAUCACAGCGAGUACCUGGCAAGCUUGAGUCACCUGGCAGCACAAUGGGCACCACCUACGAGUCAUCCGCAGUCUCAACUGUCGCAUCAUCACCAACAGCGUGAAGGUAGUCCUCAGGGUCCAAAUCGCCUGCACCAUCCUUUUCAGCAGGACUCGCCCUUGACACCAAGAAGAUCCGUCUUCCCAAUGGACGGCUCGUCACCCCUCGGUGGAGGUCUCUUUCCCCAUGGAGGACUGGAACGUGGACUCUUGCUCGCGGACUUACACGACAGCUUCAAACCUGAAGCUCUUCAUGGACUUUUUGGUGGCGCGAAUUUAAUUCAUCAUCCGACGAAGAAGUCAAAGAAACAUCGAGGCGAAGAUGGACCUCGCAGAUGGUCGGACCACUCGCGAAUGCCACUCGGGAGACCGAAGGGUCAACACAGCGCACCUCGUGGAGGCCCACCCAGAUCUUGGACCAAUGCCGAAUUGACCGAAGCCCUCCAGCACGUUUGGAAUAAAAAAAUGACAACCUCCCAAGCAAGCAGAAUCUUCGGGAUUCCUUACAACAGUUUGCUGAUGUAUGUACGUGGCAAGUACGGAAAAAGUCUUAAACUUGAACAGCUCCGCAAAGACUGCACGGGAGCCACCGGUGAGGUUAUGAAUUCACUAAACAAUAAUGUCAAAGCAAUCGCUCCACCUCCCUCACAACUAACACAUCCCCUGGCAGGAUUACCUCAUCCAGACGAUCCAGGAUUCCCCCCUCAUCCGCUACUGCACCAAGGAUUCUACCCGGACUUUGGCACAUUCCCCGUGCCUGUUAACAUGGUCCAUUUGCUGCCACCGAGUGAGCAGAAAGCCUUCGAGUCUCCCAACAACAACAAUCCCGGACUCGGUAGUCGCAGCGACAGCCGGGCCGGCGCCGGUCCCUGUGAUUUAACGCCACCAAGCCGAUCGCCUUCACCUUCACCUGGAGAACGUCUUCUUCACGAUAUUCCACAGCCACCGCAGUCCGCGCCCGCGUUGCUCCAGCAGAAUGGUGCCGAAUGAGAGACGUGGAUUGACGACUGGGAAGCAGGGUAGACUCCCGUCCACGUGAGAGAGAUUCUUUUGUAAAAUUAAUUAUUAUUAUUAUUAUUAUUAUAAUAAUAAUAACAACAACAAUAACAAUAAUAAUGAGUAAAUACUUAACGAGACAAUUUAAACAACAGUAAGGAUGUUGAUAUUGUUGUUGUUGUUGUCGUUGUUGUUUGUAUAAUGUGGCCCGUGUAAUAGGAAGCGAUGUAUAGGAACUCAGUAUCAGAAAUGAGACUAACACGCGUAUCAAAUAAUUGAAUAUUGUAAUGUAAAAAAGAUAUAGCGGCUAAAGUCAAAGAGUUUUUACCCGCGAGGAAAAAUGUCUCUCUUUUCUCAUAUUUUUAUUAUUUUCUUCUUUCAUUUUUUUUUUUUUUUUCAUUCGUUUGGUGCAUGGAUGCUCUGGUUCUGAAUAAUCUCAUGUUCGUCAGCAAGUGUGCGUAUAUCUGGAUGUGUGUGCGGGUAUGUGUAUAUGCGUAUAAAGGAAGAAAGGAUGAGAGUAAGAAUGAGGGAGUGGUAACCGGAAGGAAAACAAGCGCCUCUUUUAGCCUUCGUUCAUCCUCUCUAAUGUAAAGAGAUCUGCAGUGCAAUGGUUUAAAUUUAAAGGGAACUUUUGAGACGACGGUUUUCGGAGCUGAGAAAUAACGGAAUCCAACGUGAUAUAUAUAUGUACGUAGGGUUCUGACGCGGAAAUAAACGGAGAAAUUUUUUUUAGUUAUAUAUAUAUUUACAUAAAUAUUUUUUUUUUAUUUUUAUCAUUAUUUUUAUUUUCGCGUUAGGUUAUCGCGUUGCUUUGCUUUUUUGUCGGAAAACGAGCGAAAAAUGAAAAAGAAACGAAGAUAUAUUAUAAUAAGGUGUCUAUAUAUAUAUAUCUAUAUAUAUAUAUAUAUAUGCAUAUAAAUUUGUGUAUAUAAAUAUUUUGAAAAAGCACGGGAACGAGUGCAAUAAUUGAUGCAAUUCCAAAAUUUGUUUUUAGUUGUAAAUAUUUCGUUUCUGAAUUAUUUGAUACUUGAUAUUGUUUAUAUUUUUAAAUUAAAAGUUGAUUGAUAUUAUUGAUUUAUUAAUUAGAAAUUUUAAUUGAAUUAUUGGCGUUUAAUUGGUGGAGUCGAUGAGAGCGAGAUUAUUAUUUGAAACAUUUUUCCAAAGAUCGAGGGCAAUUUAAAUAUAUAUAUAUUUAUAAUAUAUAUAUUUUUUUUUUCGUAAUAAGAAAAAGGAUUUACCAAAUUAAUAAUAUUUAAAUAAAAUAUA